UCGGUCGAUGUGAUCGUGACGUGUAUUACCGAGGAGUUCCUCAAAAUGAACAGCUAGGUGGCUAAUAUGAAGUUAGCCAGCGUGGUUGCCGAUGAUAUUAAGUGAUUGACGGAAGACAAAAUAAAGCGCAAACUGUUAUUGAUUAGUAUUUUUGGAAGCCAUUAUGCCUCUCACGGUCGGCGGAGGAGACCGACGGGCUGAUAGAGUGUGCGUCUUGUUUCUGCUCGCCUCCGUGUUGUUGUCGGUCGGAGUUGCUGCUGUUCCAGAGGAGAACAACCCUGUCCAGGAGCAACCUCAACAAGAGAAAGCCUCAAGUCCCCAUCCAAUAGGCCCUGUAGUCUCUGAGGAUGACUCCAGCAAAGGAAACCUGGGUUUCAUCCACGCCUUUGUGGCCUCCAUCUCUGUCAUCAUCGUCUCUGAGUUGGGAGAUAAGACAUUUUUCAUCGCAGCCAUCAUGGCCAUGCGAUACAACCGUCUCACCGUGCUGGCAGGUGCCAUGCUCGCCCUGGGACUCAUGACCUGUCUGUCUGUGCUGUUUGGCUACGCCACCACCAUCAUCCCUAGAAUCUACACAUACUAUGUGUCCACUGCGCUAUUCGCCAUUUUCGGUGUACGCAUGCUGAGAGAGGGGCUGAGAAUGAGUCCAGAUGAAGGCCAGGAGGAGCUGGAGGAGGUCCAGGCAGAGAUCAAGAAGAAGGAUGAAGAGCUCCAGCGCUCCAAGAUGGUUAAUGGGACUCCAGAUGUGGAGGCGGGAUCAGGGAAUACCAUUCCUCAGGGAAAGUGGCACAACUUUAUCUCACCCAUCUUCAUCCAGGCCCUCACCCUCACCUUCCUGGCAGAGUGGGGGGACCGCUCGCAGCUGACCACAAUUAUUCUGGCUGCCCGUGAGGAUCCAUUUGGAGUUGCAGUGGGUGGUACACUUGGACACUGUAUGUGUACAGGACUGGCUGUGAUAGGGGGGAGAAUGAUCGCCCAGAAAAUAUCUGUCAGAACAGUUACAAUCAUCGGAGGGAUUGUUUUUCUGGCGUUCGCCUUCUCUGCCCUGUUCAUUAAACCAGACGCUGGAUUUUAAUUGGACGAAAGACUUUCAGGUUUUCUCUGUACAUACGUGUAAAAUUUGGUUAAGUUGCUGUAGAGAGACUGUAGUUUUGACUCUGUAUGUGUCCAGCAGACAGUGUGACGGGCUGAACAGAGAAUUCCUGUCCUCUCCUAGCUAGCCUCUGUUCCACUCUGUAACUCAGUGGGUUUUCUCCUGGAGGUUUGAACUCUUACACAUUAUUUUGUUACCUUUAAAUAACAUUUAGUCGAUGUUAUAUCUUUAUCAAGUACAGAUAGUAAGAUACAGGUUGAACUUAAAAACACAAAGCCCUGGAAACUUGACAUUAAAGAGCCUCAGUGAGAGGAAAACAUUGAGCUACAGAGGCUAGCUCGGAGUGGUGGUGGUG